AUGGAUCAUGAUCACAUACCUCACCAGCAGUACAAUGCGGACAUUACAAACAACAUCAUCCGCAUAAUCGAAUCUCUCGGCCAAAGCGAGAUACCAACGGGCGACGCGAUAAGCUUCAUUCUGCCACUCUAUACCGCCUCAACGUCCCUUGCCAUCGGGGACCGAAGACCACCGUCUGUCGCGAUAAUCUCACUCAAUCACUGGAGAAACGGCCUGACAGACUCUCGAGCACACAUUGAAGCGUUUUUCAGAUACUGGAAAAGCUUCCUGCACUUCCGAGUAUCCCAUAAACAGCUUGCACUGGGCUGUCAGCGUCUCGAAAGGGAAUUUUUGAAAGUUCAGUCCACUGCCUCUGAGCGGCGGCAGAAGCUGGCAAGAUGCCGAAAUAUAAGUCUUCCCCUCUUGUGGUUUUUUUUAUCCCUCCGAAACCCCCUCCGUGAUGCUUUGAAAGAUCUCUUGAUCUUCUCGACUCGCGACGCGAAUACCAUUGCCGCAAUGCGCCAAAGUACUCCUGAUAUUGAGACGACCGACACCAAUCUCAUCAGUGACUAUUGCGAUGUAUACCUCACGCACGACUCGAUGAGUGUGCGCAAAGCGCACAACUCUGGCCGCAACCAUCUCCGCAAUGUAGUAGACUACUACCAACAAAUCGGACAAGAGAAAGCGCAAUCAGUUAUCGACUCCAUCACUUCUUCUUACGCCGCAGAAGGCAAAGCCGUGCCUAAUCCCGCAAUGGUUCCUCCUGGCGCACUUCCACCUCCUCCAUUUGGCUUCCCAGGACAUCCCGGCCAAAUGCCCCCUCCAUUCGGUAUCCCACCUCCGGGUGCUCCAGGUGCUCCAGGAAUGCCGCCUUUCCCCCCAGGUGGUCGCGGUAUGCCUUUCCCACCACCCUUCCCACCCAAUGCCUCCGGUACACCUCCCCAGGGAGGCUUCCCACCACCCAUGCCAAAUAUGCCUAACAUGCCCCCCGGAGGAGCAGGCAAUCUGCCUCCCCCCCUCCCGGCGGAUUCCCCAAUUUCCCCAUCCCUCCGCCCGGCGCCCCCGGUGCAUUCCCUCCCCCCAUGCAUUCACAGCACCAUGGCCACGGCGCCUCGGAUUCACCUACACCUCGAGGCCCGCGAGGCUCGGAAGGUUACCCCCCUCCACCUGGUGGGGGUGGACCUCCUCCUGGUCGAGGAGAUCGGUGGUGAUUGGUGGUAA